AUGGGUAACAAGCUCAUCUCCAUGAUGAAGAAAGACAGCAAAGAUGGAUCGAAGAGCAAGAGAAUGAAUCGUUCACAGAGAAAACUGCUUGCUGAUGAAGAGAUGUUGCAUCGACGAGCUCUGUCCAUGGCGAUUCACCAAGCUCAGCUUUCUCAGAGAUUCGAUGGAUCUAUGUCUAGACGUGUCGGGUCUACAAGUACUAGGAAACAACGGACCCUCUCUGACCCGUUUUCUAACGGCAAGCAGGUACCUGAUUUUGCAACAGAGAGCUUGACGGUGAAGAAGUUUGUUCUGGUGCACGGUGAAGGGUUUGGAGCAUGGUGUUGGUACAAAAUGGUUGCUUCAUUGGAAGAGUCUGGACUGUCUCCUACUACAGUCGACCUCACUGGGUCUGGAUUCAACAUGACAGACACUAACAGUGUCUCUACCUUGGAGGAAUAUUCAAAACCAUUGAUUGAGUACCUCCAAAAUCUACCUGAAGAAGAGAAGGUUAUUCUGGUGGGUCAUAGUACUGGAGGUGCGUCCAUUUCAUACGCUUUGGAGCGGUUUCCAGAGAAGAUCUCGAAAGCUAUAUUCGUAUGUGCAACAAUGGUUUCUGAUGGCCAAAGACCCUUUGAUGUUUUCUCUGAAGAGCUUGGUUCCGCGGAGAGGUUCAUGAAAGAGUCUCAGUUCUUGAUCUAUGGGAACGGAGAAGACAAGCCUCCUACAGGUUUCAUGUUCGAGAAACAACACAUGAAAGGCUUGUAUUUCAAUCAAUCACCAAACAAGGAUAUAGCAUUGGCAAUGAUCUCAAUGCGACCUGUACCGCUUGGACCAGUGAUGGAGAAAGUGUCGCUGACCGCAGAAAGAUACGGGAAAGGGAGAAGAUUCUACGUUCAGACGCUAGACGACCGCGCGCUCUCACCAGACGUUCAAGAGAAGAUAGUGAGAGAGAACAGCCCUGAAGGAGUCUUCAAGAUCAAAGGAAGUGAUCAUUGUCCUUUCUUCUCAAAGCCUCAAUCUCUCCACAAGAUUCUUCUCGAGAUUGCACAGAUUCCUUAA